AUGGAAGUUGAGGAAAAUAAAGAUAUAAAUCCACCUGAAUCACUUGAUCGCAACCCAGAAUCAUCAUCCACAACCCAUUCAUCAGACGUGGAGCAUGAAGAUGAUAAACUGGAACAAUCGAGUUUAAAAGAAGAAAGAAAUGAAGAUUUAGAAGAACAAAUUGAAAAAAAUUGCGAAGGAUUAUCCUUCCAUACAGCUGUCAGUUCAGAAAUCCAUGAAAUUGAUCAUAAUUUCUAUAAUAAUGAACCAGAACACGAACACAUGAACUCAGCUGAAUCAAAUGAACAUGAAGAGUCUGAUCAGCCCUAUGUAAUCUUGUCAGAAACAAAUAAUGAACUGAAUAACCAUAGCAUGGAGGAAGUAGAUGAUUCUCUCCUUAACGACUUUGAAAGGACCUUGCACCUUAGAGAUAUUCACAAGGGGAAAGAUACGCGGUCAAAAUCGUCAAGCCAGAGAACAGAAACAUCAAAAUCAAGACACUCAAGUAAAUCACAUGAAUCCACAGAAAGAUCAAAAAGGAAAAGCUCAAGAAGGUCGCAGCAGUUUGGAACGAGCGAAAAUCCAAUAGAUAUAACGGAAAUGACAGUAGAUUGCGGAAGUUUGCUAGAGCUGUAUCAAAAUGAUUAUUUUGACGCAUUUAUGCACAUGUAUCACCUGUAUCAUAAGAAGGAGCCAGGAGUACACGAAUAUCUGGUAAACAUGUUAUACACGAAACGCACAGACGAAGAGAUAUCAUUUUACCUGCCACAAUUAUGUCAAUUGUCGAUAUCGAAGUAUGGAAAAUCAUCACUGCAUCGCUUUUUAUUGGAUAAAGCCUCAGUGUCGAUGCACUUCGCACUUCAACUUUCAUGGUUCUACCAGGCGGCAAUAGACGACCACAUCCCAAAAUGUGAUAGACUGACGCAGAAGAUGACACAGGAUACAGAAAUGGCAGUGGUAAACUCAAAACUCAUUACGCCAGUAUCAUUCUCCAGGCCAAGUUCAGAGAUGUCAAUUUCAGAAAAUACAUCAUUUCCAUGUUUAUUAGAUAGAAGACUUCUACUGGAGUCGUUUUCAAGAAGAAAAACGUCACAAAAACCAGACCUAUAUAACUUGUUUACGAACGUAAAUUCAUUACUUGGAGCGAAGAUCCCAACCUCACUAGUUCACAACACAUUCAUGCUGUCCACCCCGACGUCGAAAGUAAAGUUGGUUGGAGUACACCCAAAACUAGGGAACGCGAUAGUUUUAGAAACACACCCGAUACUAGAUUACACACAGGAUUUACACUUGGAGCUUCAGAAGCUGAUGAUGAAGCAGAGAAGACUGAAUUAUUUUAACACGUUAAACAACUUUGUCGAGUUGUGUAUGCAAAACUCGUCACUAUUGACAACGGAAUCUAAGAGAGAUGCAAGAGACCCACUGUUAAGAGUAUUCGCAAGUGCAUUAAACGAGUGGAUGCUGCUGAGAAGAUGCAUAGUCGCAGCAUAUGAAGAAAGCUUCGCCUACACAGGACUCUCACUCCCAUUUGACUAUAUAAAUAAACCACAAAAACACUACAUCUAUAACCUUAACGGGUAUAGCUCAGUACAUAAUAAUGACCAGGCUCUUUUGCAGAUAUUAAGAAUAGUGGAGAGUGAGACUAAGAUCUUUUUUUCAAGGAAGAGAGCCCCUUUUGUGUUUUAUGUAGAAAUGGGAAAUUUAGAUGAGGAUAUUGAGUUAAUAUCCUACAACUCGAAUAAAGAUAGAGAAACGGGAAUGAAAGACUUAUACGUGUUUGAAUCAAUAGUAAAAGAUUUGUUAAACUAUGAAUUAUUAACGCCAGAACAGGUUGAAGCAAUUAAGAACCCACUCGAGUGCAUUCGAUACGCACUGGAUAUGCUACCCCAGGAAUCGCUUGAAAGAUACAACAUCUUCGUGGAAGAUAAAGCGAAUACAGAUUCCUCAUACAACUACUCAAAGUCACAGACCUCAGAUGAUUCUUUCGCAGUAAGCAGUGCCAACAGCUCAUAUAGUAACACUGAUGAGAACCCAGUGACUGAGGUGGAUUCUCUGUCUGAAUGCGAGUCCAAGUCAAAUGAAAAUACCGAUUAUGUAAGAAUUGAUCCAGAUUCAUCAGAAACUAGUCCUAACUUAGCAAACUCAGUACAAAACGGAGAUACACAUGUUCAAAACCAAGUUCCAGACACUAAUACUCCAAAUCAAGUUGGGGAUACUAAUACCUCAGUACAAAAUGGCGAUUCCUCUCCAAAUUCUAACAGAGAUUCUACCCCUGUAGACAAGGAGUCUUCAGAUUCAACUAAGGAAUCGCCACGUGAUGGAGAUGCUAAAACACUAAACGUGAAGAACCUUAGUCCCCAAGAGGUUAGGAAAAUAGUUUUUGCAGAAACUUUUGACCAGAAGAAGGAGAAGAUAAGAAGAAAGUCGCCAUACGGAAACUUGAAAUCGUGGGACCUACACGCCUUCGUGAUUAAGGGAAAUGAUGACUUGAGACAGGAAAAAAUGGCAAACCAGGUUUUGGAGUCGUUUAGAAGAAUAUUCGCAAAGGCAAACCUGCCGCUAUGGCUAAGACCAAUAGAGAUUUUAGUUACAGGCUCAAACUCAGGAAUCAUGGAGUUCCUCCACGAUACAUACUCAGUGGAUGUAAUCAAGAGGAAAUUUAACGCGGAAUCUUUGGCUCCAGUUUUCGAGAAGCUCUUUUACUCUAACAUUUACGAGGCUAGGAAGAACUUUAUUGAAAGCCACGCGGCAUAUUCCAUAGUAUCAUAUCUUCUUCAAGUUAAGGACAGACAUAACGGAAAUAUACUUCUGGAUCCAUAUGGACAUGUGAUUCAUAUCGAUUACGGGUUCUGCCUCUCUAACUUCCCAGGAAAACUAAUCAGCUUUGAAACUUCACCUUUCAAGCUCACCAAGGAGUACUUGGAUGUUAUAGAGGGAGGAAACUCGGAUAACUUUGUUUACUUCAAGACUCUCAUAACAAAGGGGUUAUUGGAGGUUAGAAAACAUGUGGAUGAGGUUGUUCUCCUGGUUGAGAUGAUGACCACAGCUAAUAAGAUGCCCUGCUUCCUAGCGGGAACCACUUACACAAUUGAGAUGUUCAAGGAACGCUUCAUGCUCAACCAAUCUGAAGAGGCAUGUAUAAGGAAGAUCACAGAAAUGAUAGAUGCGUCGGUAAAUAGCUUCUCCACUGUCCAGUACGACACGUAUCAGAGGCUCACAAACGGAAUCUUGUAA